AUGGUGCGGGGCUGCACGCUGCUGCUGCUGCUGAUGGCCACGGUGCUGACCAGGGCUGGAGCCGGUCCUGUCGCCAGAACCCCCAGGGCUCACCCACAUGCGAGGGACUGCCACAUCGCCCAGUUCAAGUCCCUGUCCCCACAGGAGCUGCAGGCCUUCAAGAGGGCCAAGGACGCCCUGGAAGAGUCCCUGUUGCUGAAGGACUGCAGGUGCCACUCCCGCCUCUUCCCCAGGACCUGGGACCUGACGCAGCUGCAGGUGUGGCAGCGCGCAGUGGCCUUGGAGGCUGAGCUGGCCCUGACCCGGAAGGUCCUAGGGACCGUGGCUGACCCGACCCUGGGGGACGUCCUGGACCGGCCCCUCCACACGCUGCGCCACAUCCACUCCCAGCUCCGGGCCUGUGUCCCGGCUCAGCCCCCCACAGGCCCCAGGCCCCGGGGCCACCUCCAUCACUGGCUGCAGCGGCUCCAGGAGGCCCCGGAGAAGGAGUCCCCUGGCUGCCUCCAGGCCUCCGUCACGUUCAACCUCUUCCGCCUCCUCACGCGGGACCUGAAAUGUGUCGCCAGUGGAGAGAUGUGUGUCUGA